AUGACCUCCUCGCCGAAACUUAGCACCCACGACGAUUGCAGAGCCGUCAACAACGACCAAGAUGAGCAAGAUGACAGAGCCACAGAUAGCCGCCAAACCCUCGCUCGCACACUUUCUAUUCCACAGUCAAUGUGCAUCCUGUCCGACACGAAGCCCGAGAUACCCACGGUGACGGAGCUGGAUCCACCAAAGUUAAAGCUGCCCCAACUCGGCAGUGACAGCAUCGAGAAGGUGUUUCCAGUACGGUCCGUUCUUUCCUUUGAUUCCACUCCUUCCUCGGCCAUCCAGACACCCCCGCUCGAUAAGCUGGAAAGUCCGCUCUCGCCGUUUUCAGAUGCAGUUCGUGUGAACGGACUGUUUGAUGAGAAAUCUAGAACGCGGCCAUCGCAGCCACCAACAGCAGAGCCCAACGAGCCUACGCGAGCAUCGAGAAGACCGAACUACCUUUCCCGGCUACGAGAGCAAAAGCAUGAGCUGAGUGGCUACCCUUCACCGCUAUCGACUCUCCCGAUACGAAAGCACCGUCCUUCAGAAAACACGUCUUUUUCUUCGAACGAAAUCAAUCAUCAUAGCAGCGGUGACUCGCAUGACAAGAGCAUUCAACUGCAUGAUUUUGUUCAUGAGUGCGGAGGUAUCCUGACAACCAGCAAAGCACCAGAGGGAUUGCUAUACUCGCAGGACGACGAUUCGAAUAUUUCCAUACAAGGGUUCGGUGCCUUAAUCGUGCUGUUUGGGCUUGAAGGUAACUACAUUGUCCAAGCGGCUAGCAGCAACUCAAAAGAGGUUAUCGGAAUUUCGCCAGAUGAGCUUUUUGAACUGGCAUCUAUCUGUGAUAUCUUGCCUAAGGUUCAACAACAGGACUUUAUUUCCCAUGCCGAGAUGGUUCUAGACGAUGGGCAUGAUGUGGAGCUGUCGGGACCAGAAGUGAUCUGUCUCUCCAUGAAGAAUUCAGAUGGUCAUGCAAAUCGCUUCUGGUGUACCAUGCAUACAAGCAAGGCUUACAAGGAUUAUCUCAUCUGCGAGCUGGAGCCAGAAACGGAAGACCUAGAGCCAGGUAUUCUGAACAUGUUGCCUCCUAUCUUUCAACAAAUAUCGAGUGCCCAGACAAUGGAUGAGCUUGGUUGGAAUGCGAUUUCAAGUCUUCAAAGCCUUGCUCGGUUUGAUAGAGUGACUAUGUACCAUUUUGAUGGCAAUCGCAAUGGAACUGUUGUUGCUGACUCUGUUGAUCCAGCCCUGGGUAUCGACUCCCUGGGGGGCAUGAACUUCACAGAGUUUACAUUCAACGAGCAACUGAAAACUGAAUAUCUUCGGAACACUGUCUCAUUAGCUUACAGCAAGAAAGCUCCUCUCGCGGACUUGACUUACAGAUUUUCCAUUAGCAAACUUGGGCUCGAUCUGUCACAUUGCUAUUUGCAAGCAUCACCAGCGAGCACACAGCAAAUCUCGAGCUCUCAGAUAACUGCUUGCAUGUCUAUUGGCAUAUAUGUUUUCGGAAAACUCUGGGGUUUGGUGUCCUGCCAGUCUUACGACCAGAGCUUCAAGCUCCAUCCACUCCUCCAGAGAGUAUCAUGGCUCAUAAGCGAAACACUGUCGAGUAACAUUGAGCGUCUCUCCUACUCGUUGCCAUUCCAGAAUCAGGAAUACAUCUACCCGGAGGCAGACAAUAGUUCACAAGGAAGUCCGAAUGAAUUCUCCGCUGAUAUCCUUAGUCUGUUUGGUGCAGAUUACGCCGCAGCAUCAAUCCUAGGCGAAACCAAGAUUCUGGGAAAACCACAGGACUCAUCAGAGGUAUUGGCCUUGCUCGAGUAUCUGCGGGCUAAGAAUAUCGACACUGUUCUCUGGUCAACCGACAUUCUUUCUGAUUUUGACGAUCUCGACUACGCACCCGGCUUCCGUCAUCUGGUCGGACUACUCUACAUACCCCUUUCAACAGACGGCCACGACUUUAUGACCUUCUUCAAAAGCGAGAUGGGAUGUCUUCCGAUCGAUUUGGCUCAAUCUAAUGAGUGGUCGGCAUCAGAACUUGGCAAAGCAUCCAUGCUAUCUCUGAUGUACCGAACAUUCACCGACAUCUGGCAAGAGAAAGAGGCGGCAAUGCAAAACAAUCAACUACUGCGACUCCUACUCGCCAACUCAGCCCACGAGUUCCGCACGCCCUUGAAUGCGAUUAUUAAUUAUCUCGAAAUUGCCCUAGACGGAAACCUCAACCAAGAAACGCGCGAGAACAUCUCCCGAUCGCACUCAGCAUCCAAAUCCCUCGUUUACAUCAUCAACGAUCUCCUCGAUCUGACAAAUGCAGAAAACGGACAGAGACUCAUCAAAGAUGAAGUCUUCAGUCUCUCUGAAACACUCUGCGAGGCAACCAACAUUUUCUGGGAAGAGGCAAGACAGAAACAGGUUGAUUUGCAGGUCGUUCAGCAUUCGGCAUUGCCGCCGGUUCUGGGUGACCAGCGCCGAGUUCGUCAGGUUAUUACGAAUUUGAUCAGCAACGCUCUUCAGCAUACGUCUGUUGGUGCGGUAACGAUUGAGUCUUGUAUUCUUUCGGAAUCUUGUGAGCCUGGACACAUUGCUAUUGAAGUCGCCAUACAUGAUACCGGUUCUGGCAUGCCUCAGGAAACUAUGGAGACGCUUUUCUGUGAGCUUGAGCAGGUUUCCAAUAAGGGGUACAUGCAGCAUCUCAAAUCGUGCCGGAAGACUUCCGAUACGGCUUCUUUGGAGACGGACAGCGUACUUGGCCUUGGGCUUGCACUGGUGGCGCGGAUCGUUAGUAACAUGAAUGGGCAGCUCAGCUUGAAGUCGGAGGAAGGUAGUGGGAGCUGUUUCAAAAUUCGCCUCAGAUUCCCUCUGCCUUCAAAUCAGGAUGGUGCACCAGCAAUGCCAGAUGGUCAAACACGACAAGAAAAAGAACCUUCUUUCUGCGAAAAGGAUAAAUCUGAACAAAAACAGGAAGAGACUGCUAAGUCGAAAGAUCCCCUAGCAUACCGCUGCGGUGAUGGCGCCUCAAAUAUCGAGGAACUGGGGCGGCAAGAUGGAUCCUUCGUUGAUGUUGACGUUUCUUUAGAGGGCGGAGAAUCUCGAAGUAUCGCCCUGUCGACGUCAGAUCAAAUUACGCUAGAAUCAACGUCAGGACCCGAUCCUGAGUCCAAAGCAGACAGAAAUACAGAGCUCAAUAUCCUCGUCGCAGAGGAUGACCCGAUAAAUAGCACUAUCGUGCGAAAAAGACUUGAGAAGUUCGGAUACUCCAUACGGAUGACAAGCAAUGGCAAAGAGUGUGCUGGGGUCUUUCGAGAGAAUCUUGGUUCCUUCAAUGCGGUUUUGAUGGAUCUUCAGAUGCCCAUUGUGGAUGGCUCAAGCGCCACAAAGAUGAUUCGCGAGCAUGAGGCCGAACUAUCUACCCAGCAGAAUCGCAUACCUAUUUUCGCUGUCUCGGCCUCAUUGGUGGAGAGAGAUCGGCAGUCCUACAUUGACAGUGGUUUUGAUGGAUGGAUCAUGAAGCCGAUCGACUUCCACCGUGUGCAUGUACUUCUGGGUGGAGUGUCAUGUUCCGACGUUAGAAAUGGCUGCCUCUACCAGCCAGGGAUGUGGGAGCAGGGAGGCUGGUUUGAACCCAGUGAAGUGAGUGGCGAUAGAUGA